CCUCCAUUGCGACAUCAGAUAGGUAUUAACAUCAUUACCAGACAGAAGGAAACAUCUAGGUACGGACGUACUCGCGCGUCUCAAUUCCACCUUUACCACCAUGGGUGAGACCGAGAAGCAGCCCGAACAACCCAAGGCUGUCCAGCAGAAGAUGGUCAUCGCAAACAAAGUGACCGGGACUGUGAAAUGGUUCAACGUCAAGAGUGGCUACGGUUUCAUCAAUAGAAAUGAUACCAAGGAAGAUGUAUUUGUCCAUCAGUCGGCAAUCGUUAAAAAUAAUCCGAGGAAGGCCGUACGUAGCGUCGGAGAUGGCGAGGUCGUGGAGUUUGACGUCGUCAUCGGCGAGAAGGGUCACGAAGCCGCAAAUGUCACCGGUCCAGCGGGUGAAGCAGUGAAGGGCUCGCCCUAUGCCGCGGAUAAGCGUCGUGGAUAUCGCGGUAUCCAUUGGGUGUAUCCGAGACGCGGUAACGGCCGACCUCAGAAUCGUAGACCACGCGAAGGCCAGGAAGGUUACGAUCAAGGUGAGGGAAAGAGCGGUGAUGAUGCAAAUCCGACCGAGGGCCAGGCACCGCAGCAACAGCGUCGCUAUAGGUUGCGGCGUCAUUAUGAUGGUUAUUAUCGCGGAGGACGGCGUUCUGGGCCCGCUCCCGCACAGCAGGGAGAGAAUGCUGGCGAAGGUGGUGAACAAGUAGAAGGAAACGGCGAGGGUAAUGCCCCGCCACGCGGUGGCGGUCGUGGACGCGGGGCUCCGUCACGACGUUACUUCCGCCGUAACUUCCGCGGGGGUAGAGGUGGCGGUCCGCCACGACGUCCUCGCAGCCAGGAUGGCCAGGUGAGGUCGGAGCAGAAGUCGGAUGCACCUAAAGAUUCAGAUGCACCUGCCGCGGCCCCUGCUCCACAGGAGAGCCAACCGGUGCAAAACACCACCACCGAAAGUACCGCUUAACCGAGAGAGAAUAACGCGCUACUACCGUAAGAGGACACUCCUUUUUAAUAUAUAACACCAACACCCGUUAUACACUCAACAACAACUCAAAUAACAACAACAAGUAUAAAACAAUUGCAAAAAAAAUCCAAAAAAAUAAAAAAUAAAAAAAAAUUUAAGAAAUCAACAAACACUACUCCACACUCUCGCAAAUUACAAUUAAGAUAUGUACGGGGAAAAUGCGAAGAAUGCGUUGAUUAAGAAGUGUGUGCGGCGAAAUCAAAAUUCAUCCCCCAUGAGCGAAGUAAAACUUUUGUUUUUUUUUAUUUUGUACCUUCGAAAUUUUCACGCACAGCAUAAUAUAAUAAAUGUCGAGGAAACGAUAGAGACGCGAAAGAAAAACUCUUCGUGACUCUAAACACUUCUUUUAACCUAAAUGAUUUAAUCGAGAGUAAUUAAACCGCGUAAUGAUUGCGUUAUUGUACGACGGUUGAUUAAUCGAAUAAGAAAUAAAAUGGGACAAAGCAGCAGAGAGAAGGGUAAAGCAAUUACGGAGUACGGAGCGAUGAAUUCGAGCGCGGGCAAGAGAUAUAUAUUGUAUACAUAUACUUUUGUUUUUUUUUUGUUUUUUUUUUUGUGUAUUUCUCGUUUCGUAUAUUACUUCUGAUUUUUCUCCGGCAAGACGCAUUUACAAAUCGUUUCAUGUGCGAUAUUUGAGUUAAUUGCUAUAUUUCCGCGAGUUUUUCUUCACUUUCGGCGACUUUUCCAUGAAAGGAAAAAGAAAAAUCGAUUGAUAUUGAACGAGGGUUCCACUCGAAUUUUUGUCUGUCUCGAAAUCAUUCGUUCAUAUUCGACUUUAUACAUCAAAAUUGGGCGGACUACCGUAUUGCUUUCGCUCUUUUAGGCAACAUUACCUUGCGUUGAUCAAUAAGCGUGUAGCGUAAAUCCAGUUUCAAUUUUGAAGUACGCUCCUUAAACACGAUAAUGCGGUUGUGCCGAGUCUAAAUUUUCUUAUACUUUCUUAUACUAUAUCUUAUAAGCGAUUUGUUACACGUAGAAACGAUUAUUGUAAUAGCAUUUAUCUUGGUCAUAUUUUUUAUAAUUGUCAAUACUGGCCCCUGGCGGGUUCCGCGGUGUACAAUUAAUUAGCGAUUAUUGUUGUUUUGAAUUUACGCAUUAUUGAUUAAUCGCGAAUUAGGACGCGAAAGUUUGUGAGAUUUCCCGUCUACUCCGAGAUACAUUCAGAUCCGAUAAUGCGGAUAAUAUUUGGGAUAGGAUCGAUAAGGAGAAUGAUGGGACAGUGUCUGCAGUGCUUCGCUGAGAGAAAAACAAUUUUUGGUCGUACUUUGAUGCUUGCAGCCCGAAAAAGUCACCUCACGACAUCUCGCAAACUUUCGCGUCCCGAGCGUGAAUAAAUCGUCCGGUCGUUUCUAGAAUUGACAUCGGUCGACUGUGCACCGGGCGAGUCGUUUUUUAGUAAACCACUGAACGUUUGCUUUUAUGCGACAAUCGACUCGAUUUGACAUUUUGAAACAAGAGCCGGGCGUAUCACACAUCGGCUUGAUUGACAAUACGGAUAACAUAGACUGUCAUGAGAGUAUGAAGACGAGAGAGAGAGAGAAUAAGAGAGAGAGAAAACAAACUUUAUAUAAUUUUGCAUGAAAAUAAUUUUUAAAAUUUUAGUUUGUAGUAUCGUCGACGGAUAAUAAAAGAAAUAUAUAUACGUCUACUUUCUGUAAAAAGAAAAAAGAAAAAAAAAAAAAACGAAAUUAUCUUUAUAUUUGGCGAAAUUUUCUAAUUGGAUUUGUAUCUUUUUUUUUCCAUUUAAAGUCUAUAUCCAGGCGACACAUCCGCGGAAAUGUAUGACAAGACAGACAUCUUUCAAAGGUCUUCGUGUCAUUUGGAUGUAGCUUACCGACAUCAUAUGGUGUUUAUUGUUUCCGUCGUCUGUGCUCGUCGAUCAAAAACGAUCAGUGUUGCGUGAAACAUAUUCGCAGAUGAUACAUGAUUUCGAAUAUGAAUAUAAAUUGGCGAAUUUAUUAGCGUAUAUAAAACAUAGAAUGUACAGAUUUUUGUGCAACAAAUGUAUUAACGUGCAUUUUUUUUAUACGCGUCAAUGCAUUGGGCGACAAAUAGGUAUUCAAAAUCCUUGUUCGCGAAUAUAUUUUGACCAACACUUUCCACUGACAGUAGCAAGUAGCCGCAUCUUGUCUAGGCGCCAGAAGAUUAAUUCCGCCCAAGAUAUUAUCCUACACAUCACGAUAAUCGUUUUUAAUUGUUUCACAUUUUCCUAUCAUAUCCCGUUUGUCAAGUAGCGCUUUGCCAAGCCGCAACCCAAGUGUGUCUUCGUGAAAUUGCAUAAUAUCUCUGUGUAGCCAAAAAUCGGAAAGAUUGAGUAUUCGAGGAAUAUUGAAACGCAUCCGAUUUGGUUUAGGAUAAGCGAAGCAAUUUAAGGAAGUUAAUAAGACGAAGAAGAGGAAAUAAUGCGUGUGCGUGAGUGUGGUGCCAAGUGGAGAGAGAUAAACGCGCGGUUACGUUACGCGGGCGUGCUCGCGUAUUUACACUUUUACAAGCGUAGGAAAAAAAAAAAGUAUACAUACAUUUAAGCGAAGCAAUCUUGAUCGAGAAUGUCGAUCCCGCGCCGAUGAUCGCCGAAAAUCUUUCUCACUCGAUCCCCGUAUAAGAGGGAACCCAGCGGACACGAGAUACGUUAUAUCGAUCGACACGUACGUGUCGUCCCUCGCGUUUUUUGUUUUUUUUUUCGCUUUUCUAUUAAACUGCAAUCCGUGUCCGUUGGCACAAAAUCGUGCGGCGGCUCUUCGGGCCCGCGUUUUGUUUAACGUAAUCACCCUCCGUUGUCUAACGUAACCGCGCGUUCCCACGAAAAAAAAACGGUAGAAAGAAGUAAAAAGAAAAAAAAAUAAAACUACAAAAGAA